AUGGGGACGUGAGUCUUUUGACACACCGGGCAAGACACAGUAGAUCUGCCCUAGAUACCAAAUAUCAUUUCAGAAGAUCACCACAGUAUUAAAUCAGAUUAGCUCUUCCCUAGAUUUUGUCAAGGCAGUCUCACUUUAUCUCGAUUCCUCUGCGAACGAGAAAACGAGCGUUCAAGCAAGGAGUUGCCAUCCCCGACCUGUGUGAUCACGGUUCCUUUCGGCGUGGAAAAAUGUCUUUGCCUCCAGGCGCCCUCAGACUUUUUGCCCUGCUCUUGUUCAUGGCUAAACAUGGAGAAGACCUGUACCAGUACACCGGGAAAGAGUUCAAGUUGGCGGUAGCGGCUUACUUGGUGGUGGAGCUCCUAAUAUAUUACCACUAUCAUGGACGGAAAAAUCCCCCCAAAUCUAAGAAGAGGGUAUCCUUUGCACUCCCAGGCCUUAGUGAGACUGGCUGUAAAGUGAGGCUGACAGAGACUGGAAUUUCAAUAUUAAAAAGAACAGCAGUCACCAAUGGAAGUAUCACCCAGAGAGAAAUCCCAGAAGAACCAGAAGUUCUGGUGGUUGGUGCCGGAGUCCUGGGAUCUGCCAUGGCCGCCGCCCUGGGACAGGACAGGAGGAGGGUGGUCGUGAUCGAACGGGACCUGCGGGAACCUGACAGGAUCGUGGGAGAACUGUUACAGCCAGGCGGGGUGCAAGCUCUCAAGGCUCUGGGUCUCGGGGGUGCAGUAGAAGGUAUUGAUGCCCAUCAUGUUCAAGGCUACGUGGUCCACGACCUGGAGUCUGGUAAAAAUGUGAAGCUGCCGUACCCCAAGGAUGACAGCUGUGCUGUGAUGGAGGGGAGGGCCUUCCACCACGGCAGGUUCAUCAUGGGACUCCGCAAGGAAGCACAGAAACAAGCAAGUGUAACCAUGAUGGAGGGAACAGUGACAAAACUGUUGGAAGAAGAUGGACGUAUUGUGGGUGUCGUCUACAAGGACAAACAGACUGAUACUGUCAAGGAGUUGCGAGCUCCCCUCACAGUAGUUGCAGACGGCUGCUUCUCCAGGUUCCGGAAGACCCUGGUGAAGUCUAAGGUGAACACCACCUCCCACUUUGUGGGGACCAUCAUGAUCAACUGUCCCCAGUUUGAGAAGCACCAUGCAGAGGUCGUCUUAGCAGACCCCAGUCCUCUGCUGGUCUACCAGAUCGCUUCUAAUGACACCAGAGUGCUGGUGGAUGUACAGGGAGACAUGCCAAGAGACAUGAAAGGUUACCUGAGUACCAAGAUUCUACCACAGCUACCAGAUCACCUGAAAGAGCCAUUCACGGAUGCUUUGCAGAACGACAGGGUACGGAGCAUGCCCAAUAGCUUCCUACCCCCAGCCCCAGUACAAAAGCCAGGUGUCCUGUUGCUGGGUGAUGCCUACAACAUGAGACAUCCCCUGACGGGAGGCGGCAUGAGUGUGGCCCUGAACGACGUCCUGAUCUGGCGCGGUCUGAUCCAGCGAAUCCCGGAGCUCGGCGACACCGCCGCCAUGUCCCAGGCACUGAAGGACUUCCACUGGGGCAGGAAACAGUCCCACUCCUUCGUGGUGAAUGUGCUGGCGAUGGCACUGUACCAGCUGUUUGCUGCUCAGGAUGAACAUUUGAAGCAGAUGAAGCAGGCAUGUUUCAGCUACUUUGACCUGGGUGGAUCUGCCCAGUCAGGACCUAUAGGACUGCUGUCUGUGUUGACCCCCAGACCCACCCUCCUCAUUGGUCACUUCUUUGCUGUUGCAAUGUAUGCUGGGUACUUUGCCUUCAAGUCGCAGCCGUGGUGGGCUGUCCACCGCGCCAUGUACAACUUUGCCGCCAUUUUGUACAAAGCCUGCGGGAUUCUGUUUCCCCUCAUCUGGUCUGAGUUCUAUUCAGUCUAUCUGUCGACAUAGAACUUUCUAAGAGUGAAAAUCACUACUGUAUAUACAUAAUAUACAUAAGAUAAUCUUUGUUUCAUGUAAAACAGAAUGUAUAUAAUUCAGACUACUAGUAUAUAUUGUUAUGCA